AUUAAUUAAUAAACUCAAAAAAAUCUAACAAACCAAACAAAAAAGCAAGCAAAAAAUACUUAAUCUAAUAGUUAAGAAAAAAGAUAUAAUAAAUAACAAAUUCAUUAAUCAAAUUAUUUUCAAUCUAAAUUGUGCUUUUAGAUAUUUAUAGAUUAAAUGGGAAAUUUAUGUUAUAAAAACAUGAGAGAACCUCAAAAUAAAUAAGCAAGACCAGUUAUAGGUAGUUAUUAAUCUGAAUCAAGUGAAUUUUAGCAACACUAUAGCACCAAUAUAAAGAAUUAGGACUAAGAUACCCUUAAGGAAUAAAAUAGCCCUUAAAAAAAUGCAGCUCCAGUUGAAUAAUAAAUGAAAGCUAAAAAAAUUAAUACAAAAAAACUUUGCCGCCCAAGCAGAGUUAUUUAAGAGUAAAUCAGCAUGAACAACAGAGACAAUGACUAAUAUUCCUGUGCAAGCUAUUACAGCGGACAUUAUGAAACUUAAUAUAUUAAUGGAAAUGAUAGUGAAUUUAUUUCAGUAUUUCUUAAUUCAAAUCCUAAUGGAUAGUAAGUAAAAAUUGGAGAUAACAUUAUUUUGAGAAAUUUAAAAGAUCAUUUCUAUUUAUUUUGCAAAUACCAAAAACUAAAGAAAUAUGAUAAAUAAAACCUUGUUAAGCUAGAAAAGCAAAAGGAUGACCAUAACGAAAUGUACUUAACAUGGAAAUUCAAAAGUAUUCACUAAGAAAAUGGGUAUAUUAACUAGUAACAAUAGUAAUAAUUAUAAACUUAGUCAUCAAGCUAAAACAACGAAGAAGAAAAUGAGUCCUCACCUGAAAUGGAGUCCAUCGAUAUGGAUGAUGUAGAAAUAGAAAAUAAUCAACAUGUAAAAAUAUAACAUUCAAUGACUAGUUGUUAUUUACAAUCAAAUAAAAAUUUCCGCCAUGAUGCAUAGAGCAAAUUUAAUAAUGGAUUUUUAGUCUCAGGAGGUCCUCAUAAUAGGCUAACUUCUAAUCAAUAAUGGCAGAUCGAAAUAGUAUACCCAAGCACUGGCUAAGAGGAAUAAACCUUACGUGUAAACUAAUUAUUUAGAAUUAAACAUACAGAAACCAACACAUACCUUACUUCAAUUGCGAAUGAAGUUUUCUGUAUCAACGUAGAUGAGAUUAAUAAGUAACUCGAAGAAUAAAAAAAUAAUGAAUCAAUAUAAGAGGUUAUAGAAAAUUCUAUCUCUAAGGAAGAUGGAGAGAAUGAAAAAAAAAGAUCAUAUUGCUCUAGCCCUACAGAUCUUGUUGAGUAGAAUAACGGAACUGGUAAAAAUACAAAUAAUGAGCAUGAUUUGACUCCUACAACAUUUGCAGCAGAUUCUAAAAACGAAAACUAAUAGAAAAAAGAUCAAGAAGAUAGAUCUAGAGCCUCUUAAUUGCAGAUAACCAAUGACAUAAGAAGAUCUGAGAGAUUUUCAGUAGAUUCAGUUUUUCAAAAGAAACAAGCUUAAAAAUUGUAUUUAGAUUCGUUUUAAUAAGAACAAUAAGGUCAAAAUACAUAUAUUGAUGUAAACUGUAAAAGCACUGAAUAAAUAGAAAUAGCUAACUUAAUUAAUGAUGAGGCUAUGAGUGAUAAUGGAGAGUCUCUAUUUAAAUUAAAAUAAUAAUAAGUAUUAAAUGAUCAAAUUAACAAUGAUUUUUAUAAGAUGAAUAACUACAGUCAAUACCUAAUGCUGUAAGAAAAGGAAAUGAUUAGAAAAAAACAAGAACAAUUUUUAUUGUAAAUCUUAAAUGGAGAUUUAUGGUAUGUUUCUGAAAUUAUCCCACACUAAUGA